AUGAAGCUGUACCUUCUUGUUCUAGUACUCUUGGCCAAUUAUUAUACGACAAAUGCAGGGAAUAUUAGUGCAAAUGCUUUAUUUAAAAAAUCUGUUUUGUCUCCACCGGAAGUUUGUGCAGAAUGUGGAUGUGUUCGGGGAAAAUUUGAAAGUGGACGAAAGAAGUCCUACGACGCUUUCUACGGAAUCCCUUACGCUGAACCUCCCGUCGGAAAAUUGAGAUACGAAAGCCCUGUUCCUCAUUCUGGUUGGUCAGGAUACUGGGAUGCUUCAUAUCCAAGAGAUAAUUGCUUGCAGAAAAAUUACUUCUUACCUGGACAACCUGUCUCAGGUUCUGAAGACUGUCUCUAUCUCAAUGUAUAUCGACCAAGUACUUGGAAAGGAAAAAAGAAACUUCCGGUAAUGGUAUGGAUUCAUGGUGGAGCAUAUCUUGCUUUCUCAGGAAAUCCUGAUCAAUUCGGUCCUGAAUACUUAAUGGACAAUGGCGAAGUGAUUUUAGUGACUUUGAACUAUCGACUUGGGAUAUUGGGAUUCCUCUGUUCAGGAGAUGACGCUGUCAAAGGGAAUUUUGGAUUAAAAGAUCAGCAAAUGGCUCUUCAAUGGGUUGCAACGAAUAUUGAGUAUUUUGGUGGUGACUCGUCUUCAGUAACUCUUGCUGGACAAAGUGCUGGAGCCACUUCAGUCAAUUUGCAUAUGAUGAACUCAAAAUCUCAGGCUCUAUUUCAUCGAGUUAUACUCAUGAGUGGUACAGCUCUAACUCCUUUCAUCUAUCCUAUUGAUCAUGCUGCACAAUUUCGAACUGUUGCCAAUUUAAUUAAUCUAAAAGAUUCUGGUACCGCUUCUACGUACAAUUUGGCAUAUCAAUUGAAGAAAGUUGAUGCUCUAAGCCUUAUUUUAUCUGUGGAGAGAUUAUUUACUUUUGUUGCAACUCCUCCCGUACCACUUCGGCCAUGUAUUGAAGGUGAUUGGGAAGAUGCUUUCAUGACAGAAGAUCCGCGAAGAGUUUGGGUUGAAGGAAGAUUUGCUCAAAAACCCAUUCUAGUUGGGACGGUCUCUAAAGAAGGGGUUGUGCAAAGUGCUGUCACAGUUAACAAAACUUUACUACAAGUAUUCAAUGAAAAUAUAUACAAUUUUCUUCCUAUCCAAAUGGACUUUCAUCCUAGAUAUGCAGCUGAUGUGUUAAGGUUCUACUUUGGGGAUAAGGACUACAUUGAUGAUUCAAAUCAACAAGACUAUUUCAAUAUGUUUGGCGAUAGAAUUUUUGGUUAUCCUGCAAUCACUUUGGUUUAGCAAUAUCUCAAAUACGCAAACGUGCAGAAAAACCCUGUAUAUGUUUACGAAUUCGGAUUUGAGAGCUCCUAUACCUUUGUGAAAUUUCUUAUCGGACCUGAUCAGUAUCUUGGAGUAGGCCAUCUUGAUGAUAUGUUCUAUCUCUUCACGAUGACAUCGCUUUUCCCUAUAUUUGAGGUUGAUACUCCUGAAAGCAGGAUGAGCGAUAUCUACGUUCGUACUAUAGUUAACUUUGUUGCUCGAGGAGAAGUGAAAGUUUGGCGGACCAUUAGACCUUGUACAACCGAAACUUCCAGUCCAUCUUGCGAUCGCCAGAUCUUUACGCGAUACACGGAUUUAGAUCCAAAUCAAGUAAUGGUGUCUGUAUCCAAUAAAAUUGAUUCGGAAAUGGUCAAACUUUGGUCAAGGAUUGACAAUGGUGUUAGCGCAUAUUCCGUAGAAUCCUGUACUGAUUAAGCCUUGUACCGCAAUUGAUGUAAAUCCUUGAUAGAAUUAGGUCAACAAAAAUUAUUAAGCGAAAUCACGUUAUGAUAAGGCUCUCUUCCAUUUAAAAAUUGAAGAAAAAGAUCAAUGUCUAAGAUUCCUAAAUUGCCAUAGAAGAAAAGAAUUGACAAAUUUAAGGUUUACUGAAUGUACUAAAAACGCUUCAUGAUCAUUUAUCUUGCUGCAGUUCUUUAUCCAAAAUACUUAACCUACAAUACAUAGUUCCAAACUCUUUGGUGUUACUUGUGAAUCUCUAUUAUCAUAAUCUUAUAUGGGCCUUCAGAGUCGCGUGUCAUAAACGAAAACAAAUGUGUUUAGAUGCAACCUGUUUAGAUGAGGAGGUAAAAAAACGCGUAAAUAAAA